AUGAAUGAGAGAAUGAGAAUGAGAAUUGAUAACAAACCAGUUUCUGAUUUCCUUGGUUUAAUCAAAUUAAACCAAGGAGAGUUGUUUGCGUUGCCAAACAAAGUGCCUGGCUUUAUCUCCCGCCUCCCGUCGCCGCCGAACACUCAACGGGCUUCGUACGCCGGUGGGCAAAUCUUUGCGAUCUUCUCCGUCAAGGGACUAUCUCCGGCUAACAUUGUGAGACUCUUCUUUCGUGCUUUGACUUAUCUCCCGCCUCCCGUCGCCGCCGAUCACUCGACGGACUUCGUACGCCGGUAG